CCUCCUGCGGUGAAGGAAACGCCCUGUACUAACAGGCGGAAGUGAAAGUAAAACGACUUUUUCCAAGAGCUUCAGUCUGCGCCGGAAAAUGAGCGCUGCACACCUAAACGUCGUUCUGCUGGAGAUUUCAAAUCAGCUCAACAAUGAAAAUCUAGAGUCACUCAAGUUCCUUGUCCGAAGCCAGAUCGGGAAACAGAAACUGGAGAGGAUAAAAACAGGACUCCAAUUAUUUGAAGUCCUGAUAGAAAGAGGCCACCUGGCAAGCGACCAAACAGACUAUCUAGCCAACCUUCUGCGGCAAAUCCACCGAGAAGAUCUAUCUAACAAAUUAAACAGCUUGGAAAUUCAGAGUGGAAACUCCAACAAUGACAUAAGCGACGCCGAGAAAGCCAAACUGGAUAUUGCCAUAGAGGUGAUCAAAGAGAGUCUGGGUAAGAACUGGCGCAAACUAGGUCGCAAACUACGAGUGACGGAGGUCAAGCUGGAUUCCAUCUCCACACGGCAUCCCACUGAUCUAGAGGAGAUGGCAGUGGAGCUGCUAAAGGAGUGGAGGAAGAGUCGAGCAGCUGAGGCCAGAACAGAGGAGCUGAUAGCAGCUUUAAGGAACUGUCAGCUCAACCUAACUGCAGAUAAAAUACAGGAACAAUUAGAAUGUGAGGGAUUUACCAGAUUAGACCAAUAAUAUCUUGGAAAUAUAAAGAAAUAUAAAAACACCUGUGAUUUUAGGAAACCAACCAAAACAUUAUGUUUCUUCAGAUGAAUAAAAUGCCCUUUUUAAACAUCUGUAUCUUUAUAGUCAUAUAACGACCAUCAUCAUGAAUGUUUUCCUUUAAAAUAUGAAUUAUGUAACAAAAAUGCAAAUUUUUCUGUUUUUAAAUAUGUGUCCCCAUUUGCCCAUCCAGCAUAGAAAAUAAGUUCAUGUUAUUGUACACAGAAAUGUCCCACCUAUUAGUUUUGUUUUGCAUAAAUAGAAAAUUGUAAAAGUAAAGGAUGUAUUGUUUUUUUAAUUCAAAUGACAAAAACCAUUGAGCAUGCUAUUUUUUGUGUCUUCACUAACAUAAUACGGGUUUCAUAAAUGUCCAGCUGUGUUCUGAAAGGUCAGCACACAAUGAUUCAGUUCCAGUAUUUUAGAUUUUGUACUACAAAUGAUUAAAUGUAGUCCAGAUUCCUAAACAAAACCGUGAAACAGCCCUUUAAUUCAGUAGUAAUGUAUGAAUCAGACACCAGCUUCAAUAAAGGAGAAAAAGGUUUUGGAGCAACUUAAAGCGGGGUUAGGUUAAUCAUAAAUGCAAACCAUACCUUGACAUGGUUACCUAAACUGACAGCUAGGAGGAGCAUUCAUCAGAGAAGGAGCCAAAAGGCCAAUGGUAGCUCUGUAGGAGCUGCAAAGAUCCACAGCUAGAGUGGAAGAAUUUGUUGACAGGACAGCUAUUAACUGAGCACUCUGCAAAUCUACCUUUAAUGGAAGAGAGACAAGAAGAAAACUUGUUAAAAGAAAGCCAUCAGAAUUCCUGUUUUCAUUUUACUGCGGGCCAUGCUACACUGCAAGCAUAUGGAAGAAGGUACUCUGGUCAGAUUAGACAGAAAUUUAGUUGCACACAUCAACCUGAACACACCAUGGUGGUGGGAGUAUCAUGCUGGUGGAUGCUUUUCUUCAGCGGUGAUGGUGCAGUUGCUUAGAGCUGAUAGGACCAAAUGAAUGGUCCCAUCCAUCAAAAGCCUUGAUACUACAGCAGAGGUUCACCUUCUAGCAGGACAACAUUAAAUAUUUCAGCCAUAGCAGAUCAAAUGUGUUAGAUUGGCCCAGUGAAGGUUGAGAUCUGGUAAGAUGGUAGAGGCAUAGCCCAAAAACAGCUGAUUACACUAAAUUUCAACUGAUUGUGGCUGAAUACAAAUCAUGCCACACUUUCUAAUUUAAAAAAAAAGAAAAUCAUGUAUCAUUUUCCUUCCUCUUUACAAAUAUGCACUACUUUGUGUUGCUCUAACAAAUAAAAUACCAAUAAAACACUGACGUUUGUGAUUGUAAUGUAACGCCAAUAAAAUAGUCAAAGGUUAUAAAAGAGUUUGCACAGCAGGUAUUUUUUCUUUUCUUGCUAGUAAAAAGGGAACUGUUCAUUGUUUUUGGCAAACAGGCUGUACUUGUUUUAGUUGUAAUUAUUGUAUCUGUCACAGUAACACAUUAAUUGAUCUAUCUGUUCUGUUCUUGAAUUUAAGUUUUGGGGUUUUAAAUCAGUUUCAUGUUUCUAGCUGCAUAACAAGGUUAAGUCAUGUCUUAUAUGGUUGUGUCUUUUCUUUAGUUUCCCCAUUCAGUUAAUAUCAAAAUGAAAUGUUAUACAAAACAAAUCAGUUUGACUGUGCUUUCUGUUAUAGGAGGACAGUGAUGGGAAACUUUCCAAAUCACAUGUUUCAAGAUCAUCAACAAGAAGUUAAUCAAACCGGGCUCUGUCAAGUUAAAAGUUCUUCUAGAACAGGGGUUUCAAACUCCGGUCCUCAAGUACAGGUGUCCUGCAGCUUUUACAUGUGUCUCUGCUUCAACACACCUGAAUCAAAUAACUAGGUCAUUCACAGGACUCUAGAGGUUGAUUGUACAUUGAAGAUUCAGCCGUCUUAGUCACGUGCAUGGGACCAGGGACACUGACCCUUGAGGAUUUGAGUUUGAUAACCAUGUUCUAAAACCUCUAGCAACGCUUAAUUAGUUGAAGAUGUAGGUUUGAUGCAUUUAUUUUAACCUAUAUGUAUGAUUUUGAUCCACAUUAUAUUUAAAUUUAUGCACCAAAUCCUUGUGUUUUAAUAUCACUAAAGAAUGGUCUUGUGAAAUCAUCCACCCUGGAACAAAUCAUGUCAAAGCUAUCAAUAAAAGCCCAAAUUUUAUUGCCCGUGA